AUUCUCAGUCAACUCCGGUACCCUGCCGUCGCCCAUCACGAUUCAACUGAGGCGUGCCUUCCCGGCACUAGAAUAGACCUCCUAAACCGUAUCAUGGCAUGGUGUCGCAACACGGAGAAUAGCGAGAAACGUGUAAUGCUUCUGACCGCUGUGGCUGGCGCGGGAAAGACAUCCAUCGCUCACUCCGUCGCAGAGGAGUGUACAAGAGAGGGUAUAUUAUUAUCGACCUUUUUCUUCAGGGCAUGCGAACAAUCCCAGCCAGACCACUUAUUUAGUGGCAUGGCUAGGUCUUUAGCAGCUCGUGACCACGCGUACGGCACGUUCAUCACAUCCAUUCUUCGGGAAGACCCAACUCUCACGACCGCCCCGUUCACAAUGCAAUUUAAGAAAUUGGUUGCUGAACUCCUCCUCAUGAGACCCCCAUCUUCCGAUCGCCCAAUGGUAGUUGUCAUUGAUGCGCUGGACGAAUGCGACAAGGGUACAUUCCCGCGUCUCGCCGAUAUACUCCGAAAAGAAGUGCCUAGGUUACCGUCCAACAUCAAAUUCUUUCUCACCUCGAGGCAAUUUGAUCUUGUUGAUCGUUUUCUUUCACCCGAAUCCCCUAUCGAUCGCCUUGGGAUCAAUCUCUCGGACGAUGCUAACGUGCAGGACUGUGCAAUGUAUGUCCGUACCCAGUUACGCGAACUGAUGGAUGUACAUCCCAGUUUGAGAACCGAAGUUAAGCAAGAGGAUGAAUUGGUUCAAGCCAUACUAGAACGGGCGGGUGGCUUGUUUAUCUGGGCCAGUACCGUCUUCCGUUACAUGAAGGUGGCCAGUGGUGCUCCUUUGAGGAUGCUGGGGAAACUGCUCGAUACUGGUGCGAACCAAUUGAAGGCUUCCGCUGAAGAAAUGGUGGACACAUUGUAUGCGAGCAUUCUAGAGAAGUGCAAUUGGAAAGACGAAGAUUUUGCUCACGACUACCCUAUUGUGAUGGGAGCGAUCCUAAUCGCACAACAACCACUAUCUAUUACGGCUUGGGGCGCCAUUUUGUCACCACACCUGGAGUCUUCUGUCGAACAUACAUUAGUCGGGCUUGCUCCCCUGCUCUUGGGGCUUGGGGAUCCUCACACGCCAAUUCAUAUCUUGCAUCUCUCCUUGCGCGACUUCCUCCUGGACCGAAUCGAUUCACAAUCACCCACGCUUGCUCGUUUUGCAGUGGAUGCGAGGAAGGAGAAUGUCAGGGUAGCCGUGCGCUGUGUCGAAAUCUUGAAUGAAGAUCUUCCUUCUAUGGCAGGCUUGGGGCUGGUUGAAGAUUUGUCGGAGAGGGUUGAGCUGCCACCCAUUCCUCAGGCAACGUUGUCCGAACAGUUCCGUUACGGAUGUCGGCACAUCGUGUAUCACCUAAAUCAGAUCCCUAAGCCGGUAGAUGUGCUCAAUGUGGCGGUUCGCAGAUUUCUCAAUGAGCAGAUAACUCGCUGGGUGGAAGUCUGUGCGAGAACGGAAGGAUUUCAGGAAGCAUGUGACUUAGCAAGUGAUUCUGUUGCACUUUGCCGUUGUCUUGUAAUGGUUGCUGCAGAGACCUAUUGCCCUGAUCUAGCUGAAUCACUUGGGAAUCUUGGGGUGUCACUCAGCAUACUCGAACGGCGUUCCGAGCUGCUUCCAGUGAUGGAAGAAAGUGUCAAACUGUGGCGCCAGUUGAUUUCCAUCGACCCGGAACUCUACGCCCCAAAAUUAGCCCACUCACUCAAUGAACUUCAUUCCCUGCUCCAUCAACUCAGACUUCCUUGUAAGGCACUUCCAACGAUCCAAGAAGGUGCCAAAAUUUGGCGACAGCUAGUCGCAGUUCAUCCCCCAUCUCACACCCCAGGUUUGGCUCGCUCGCUCCGGAAGCUCGCUUGGUCGCUGAUGUUGAACGGGCGGGGUUCCGAAGCGCUUUCGGAGAUGGAAGAGGGCGUCAGACUCUGUCGCCAGCUGGUCUCCGUAGACCCAACGUCACAUACCCCGAUAUUAGCUAGAACGCUCUGGGGUCUUGUCCUCUUACUCGUACAUCUUGGACGGCAUUCAGAGGCGAUUCCAGUGGGCGAAGAAAGUGUCAAACUUUCUCGCCAACUCGUUUCCAUUCAUCCGACAUCAUGUGCCUGGUAUUUGGGCUGCGCACUCAUGCAUUACGGUCAUGUGUUCUACUAUCUCGGGCGGUACCCCGAAGCACUCCUUGUGCACGAGGAAAGCGUAGAAUUGUGGCGCCAGCUUGCUACAGUCCAUCCAACAUCAUAUACGCUUUUCGUGGCUGGAUCGCUCGAGAAUAUCAACGAGACACUCUCCAAUCUUGGACGACACUCUGACACUCUCUCAGUGAUCGAAGAAAGUGUCGACCUUUGGCGCCAGCUGGUCGCGAUGCAUCCCGCAUCACACAACCUGGAUUUGGCGCGAUCACUCGUGGAUCUUAACAUGUCACUCUCCAAUCUCGGACGGCAUUCUGCUGCACUCGGGGUGAUCGAAGAAAGUGUCAAACUCUACCGCCAGCUAGUUGCGGUUCAACCUGGACCAUUCACUGAGGGUUUGGCUCAAUCACUCCAUAAUCUUUCCGUGUCACUUAACAAUCUCGGACGGUAUGCCGAAGCCCUUCCGGUGAUCGAAGAAAGUGUCAAGCUCUGGCGCCAGCUGGUUGCCCCUUAUCCGAUGCCACAUACCCCAAAUUUGGCCGCAUCACUCGAAAGUCUCAACGAGUCACUUGACAAACUCGGACGGCGAUCCGAGGCGCUCUCAGUGAUUGAAGAAUGCGUCAAACUCAGUCGCCAACUAUUCGCCAUCCACCCAACCUCAUACAAUCCAAAUUUGGCUCGAUCGCUCAAAAAUCUUAGCAAGUCACUCAACCACCUCGGACGACAUUCCGAGGCGCUCCCAGUGAUAGAAGAAAGUGUCCAACUCUGGCGCCAGUCGGUUGCCAUCCUUCCAGCAUCGCACACUCCGGGAUUGGCGCGAUCACUCCAGAGCCUCAGCAGCUCUCUCCACAACCUGGAUAAUCACGCUGAGGCCCUACCUUUCAUAGAAGAAUCCGUCGCCCUUUGGCGGUCGCUAUCUGUUGCUCAUCCAACAUCAUAUGCCUCUGACUUGGCCUUGGCAUUGCAAACACUAUCAACUCAAUUUUCAUGCCUUGGCCACUAUGCAGACGCGCUUGACAUGGGAAACGAGUCAUUAUUAUACUAUCUCCAGCUUCAUUCCGAAUACCCUCUUGCCUACGCGCCUCAGCUUCAGCUCUCGUACUCCUGCGUCGCUGAUGCAUUGGAGGGUCUUGGAAGGCACGAUGAGCUGGCAACCGUACGUACUCUCAUUCAAGAUUUGCGACGGCACGAAUCGCGACUUUUCGGUGGCUUGAAGUCGAAACCAAAUGAAGAGGCCAACAAAUUAGCGGCCAUGGAGGCAAUCUCAAAACACGAACCGACCCCCUGA